AUGGCGAACAAACAAAGAAGUUUGUGUUGUAGUGUAUACACUAAGUGGUGUAAAUUAGGUCACAACAUUGCUGUGGAUCAAUCAAAAACAACCAUACAUCACCAGUGCGCCAUCUUUUAUGUGGAGCAUGUAAAUAGACCUGGCUACAUCCUGCAUGUGGUUCAUCACUCCAACUAUUGGGGAGAAUACGAGUCAGAGA